UUGUCACGCCGGCGCCAUUUUGUUAGCGGUGGGCGGGAAGAUGAGGAAGCGUCGGAGGCGGAGGCGGCGGGAGUGAGCCGGGCCGGGCGCGAUGGAGGCGGCGGCGGGGCCGAAGGGGGUCUCCGCUGGCGCGGCCUGCGGCGGGACUGCCCCUCCUCCGCCUCGCGAGUACAAGCUGGUGAUGCUGGGCGCCGGCGGCGUCGGGAAGAGUGCUAUGACCAUGCAGUUCAUUAGUCAUCGCUUCCCAGAAGACCAUGACCCCACCAUUGAGGAUGCUUACAAAAUGCGGAUAAGAAUUGAUGAUGAGCCUGCUAACCUUGAUAUUUUGGACACAGCAGGCCAGGCGGAAUUUACUGCUAUGAGAGACCAGUACAUGAGGGCAGGCGAAGGAUUCAUCCUGUGCUACUCAAUCACUGACUGGCGGAGCUUCCACGAGGUGCGCGAGUUCAAGCAACUCAUUUACCGUGUCCGGCGUACGGAUGAGACUCCAGUGGUCCUCGUGGGCAACAAAUCUGAUCUAACCCAGUUGAGACAGGUCUCCAAGGAAGAUGGCUCAGCCUUGGCGCAAGAGUUUGGUUGCCCGUUCUUUGAAACUUCCGCGGCCUUUCGCUACUAUAUCGACGACGUCUUCCAUACGCUGGUCCGGGAAAUCCGGAGGAAGGAGAAGGAAGCGGUGGUGGCACUGGAGAAGCGGUCCAAGCCACGAAGGAGUGUCUGGAAAACACUGAGAUCUCUGUUUUGGAAGAAGAAGAAUUCGAUCACAUGAAUCGGUGUCAUCCUCCCAUCACAGAACUCCGGGGGCCGACAAGAGUGCCAAAACAGUGCGGAAGCCUUGCAGCCUUGUGUGUUGGUUUCUUCUGCUCACUGUAUUCAUUGAGAUAUUAUUUUGUGUUUAAAAUUGUGAAGGCUGUUCUGCCAUGGAAUAAUUUCAUUCUGGUGCUGAGAACUGUUGCACUGCAGGGUGUUCUGAAUUUCAGUCAGUCUUUCUCUCCCUCUCCCUGAUCAGAAUUGGCAGGAAGUCCGUUCAUCCAAACGCCUCUACAGACGUGUUUUGCCGAUCAGGACAAAACGUGCCACCGACUUGCCUGCCACAUUGGUGGCAUCACUUACUGGCCUUGCUAAUGCUAAGGUUUGAUUUUAAAUGUGUCUUGGUAUUUCAGGGGAUUAUAAUCUGGCUUUUGGUUAUGAGGAAGAUGCAGAGGAAAACACAGCUGGCAAAGUCUUUAUCCUCUUGUAUUUUAUUUUGGCGAAGUGGAAUGUGCAAAAAUUUAACCCUCACAGGGAUGCAACUGAUCAUGAUGCAAGUUUCUUCGCACCUGCAAGUGUAAUACGUUCCAGAUACGUUAGAAUUUUGCUGUUUUGAAACUUUCCAGUUCCGACAGAAAAUGUGAUGUUUUUAACCUUUUAAGUCUGCCACUGCUGUGUAGUUCUGCAACUUAAAAGAAGCCUUCUUUUUCUGUUGGGUGUUGGUAUGUGGUCAGCAAAGGUGUUCAUAGGAGGCCGUUGAGUUGAGCUAGGAAGGGUACCGUGAAGUGUGAGAGCGGUAGAGUCGAGUGGCUAAAGCAUGGCCAGUGAAGGACAGAUGUGGGUGGUAAAUGAAGUAAAUGAAGUGUGGACAGUGCGGGAUUGCGGUUGGUGGCUGGUUCUGUAACUUUAGGAGCAAUGUCAGUGCCUUACGUUGAAAUAGCCAGGCUCUGGAAUCUCCUUUAUUGUGUUGUUGAAGGCAUUCAUGGCCAGAAUCACAGAGUUGCUGUGUGUUUUCUGGGCUGUAUGGCUAUGUUCCAGAAGUAUUCUCUCCUGACGUUUCACCCACAUCUAUGGCAGGCAUCCUCACAGGUUGUGAGGUAUAUCUCCUUGAUUGCCUGUUCUGAUCAGGUAAGGCUUGAACCCUGGGAAUGUUGUUGCUGUUAGGAGCAGAGAGUCCUGGGUUCGAAAUGCGCACGGCCUUGAUUCAGAACAAGGCCGCUACAGAUAUCUUAGUGUUUGGGGCACUUGGCGUCCCAGCUGUACACAAUUGGAUUGGUGCCAGUAGCAAGUGAAACAUGUACUGUGACUUUUUGGAAGGAGUAGGGAAGAUGGGAGAAGCACAUAACCUCUAAUACCUAAUACCUGGAAUCUAACAAGCGAUGGGCAAGCCCUGUGGAUUUAUCGUGGUUUCCCUACAUUAUUUCAGUGCAGAAGGAGAGAGUGUGUGCCUUGAACAUUACCUAGCUUUGAUAGAUGGCUGCAGUUUUUAAAAUUUGGUAUUAAAAUUCAGCCAAUCCAGCUUGAUUUGACAUUGAAAGCAAAUGUAGUAGUAGUAGUAGUAGUAGUAGUAGUAGUAGUAAUAAUAAUAAUAAUAAAUUUUAUUUCUACCCUGCCAUCAUCUCCCUGAAGGGACUCGGGGCGGCCAACAAAAUAUAGCAAAGUGCCACAUAUAGAUAAAAUAUGUAUAAAAACCACAGAAUUUACAGCCACAAACAUUAAAAUUCAUAAGAUGCAGUCAUAGCUGUGGAUAAAAACAAGUUGUUUGAAUUGACAUAGUCCAGUGCCAGAAUACAUGACAGAGUCCAGAAUACACAGCAUAGUCAUAGUCACGUAUUCUGACUGUUAGAAAGCUUUCUAUUGCCUGGAAUGACUCCCUUCUAUUGGGAACAUAAUUCAGGAUAGUUGUGUUGGCCAAAUCCACAACACAGCCUUACCUUUAUUGUCUGAAAGGUACAAAAUAUCAGCCUGCAUCUCUUCCAGUGUCAUUUUUUCUGUCAUGAACUGAAGAAGCCAGUGAUGCUUGGAAAGCUUGCACGAUGCAUUUUCUGCAUUUUGCUUGGUCGGUAAAAGCAUCGUUUUGUGGAUUUUGUUGUAUUUACUUUCAAGCGAGCGUUGGGCCUGGAUCCUCCCUUCCUGUCAUGAUGCCAUUGUAUGCUCAUAUUUGCAAAGGAACAAAACAAAAAAGAUCUUCUGCCAAACAACUUUGCAUCACGUCCUGUUUUAAAAAGAGUUUAGGAAGAAAUCGGUCUAACUUUUCAGUUACUUUGUAGGAAACUAAAACAAGAGAUGAUCCCAUUUAGCUCUAUAGUGGAUUUUUCUAUCUUAAUAUUUCGAUUGGCUUUGGAUUGCUGAUGUUACUUGAUGUAGCCUUUUAAAAAUAUAUCUAUGUGUUGUCGAAGGCUUUCAUGGCUGGGAUCACUGUGUUGCUGUGAGUUUUCUGGACUGUCUGGCCAUGUUCCAGAAGCAUCCCCUCUUGACGUUUCACCCACACCUAUGGCAUCCUCAGAGGUUGUGAGGUCUGUUGGAAACUAGGAAAGUGGCGUUUAUAUCUCUGUGGAAUAAUGUCAAGUUGGAGAAAUAACUCCUUAUCUGUUGGAGGCAAGUGUAAAUGUUUCAAUGGGCCAGCUUGAUUAACAUUGAAUAGCUUUGCAGCUUCAAAGCCUGGCUGUUGUGCCUGGGGGCAAGUGGGGUUUAUAUCCCUGUGGAAUGAUGUCCAGGGUGGGAGAAAGAACUCUUGUCUGUUGGAGGCAAGUGGGAAUGUUGCCAUUGGCCAGCUUGAUGAGCAUUGAAUGGCCUUGCAGCAUCAAAGCCUGGCUGCUUCCUGCCAGAGGGAAUCUUACUGAGAAGUUGGAAGGGGAGAAACCAUGCAUUCCAUUUAAUGAAAUGUUUGAAUGUAGCGAUAUCAGGUGAAUUUAUAUUGGCCAAUUUAACUUUUAUGAAUAAUGCUGGAUUCUCACCGUAAUUAUUAAUUUUAGUACGGAUUAAAAACUGUAUUUGAAUACA